AUGCCUCGAGUGAGCGAAAGAGAAGAUGCCAACGAAAUUUUCCGUUUUAUCUUCAAUUCCGGAUGGGAGAUCACGAAAGACAUUUCUGCGCUGAUUGCGAGAAAAUUGGAAGUCAGUGUGGUUUUUUUGAGUCGACAGGGAGACAUAAGCAAGUUGUAUGAUAUGAUGCAGAGACUGAAAUUGAGGAUUUUAGUGAUCAAAUAUGCAGAAACCGAACCUCCAACGUCCAUUAUGGACUUUCUGAAUAGAUUAAUUAACCUACCAACCAGACAAGGUUUGCGCACGCUGAGUCUAGACAAUUCAAACUUGGAAUUUCCAGAAAACUGGAUCCUAAAACUUCACCAACUCGUCGCCUUUCUCUCAGCCCUCCAUUUAAGACACAUUCCUCUUCCCAGAAAUGAAUUUUUGAAUCUUUGUAAUAAAUUCAAAAAACUCGAAAGACUGGAAAUUCAUGGGUCCGGCGUGACCAGUCUUCAAGGAAUCCGACAACUUCAACUACUGGAAGUCCUUCGGAUAGGAGACGUGAAAAUUGAAAGCUCUCAAGCAAUGAUGGAUAUUUUUGAGUUGCCAAAAUUGCGAGUUUUGAAUUUGGGAUUGUAUGAUUCAAAAAAAUACCACCCAAGUUCUCAACCAUUCUCCCAAAAUCUGAAAUUCUUUGUGGCUUGCGAAAGGACUCUUCCAGCAUUAGAAAUCAUUGAUUGCUUUCAAAAUGCUGUGGAUUUCUGCGACAUUGUGAAACUAGUACAAUCACAUAACACAUUGGAAGUUGUGGGUUGCUUAUGUAUUAGUCUAAAGGCAGAUCGGAUUCCAUUAUUUCCAGCACGUGCUGUAAAAUUUUUGACAACGCAAUCAAUUGAUAAAUGCCAUGAAGCGUUCGAUUUCUACACUAAAAACGAACAUUUUCCCGAUCAUGCAGUACUUUCGAAGAUUUUUGAUAGCUUGGACGAAUAUUUUAAAUCUCUAUGGGGUGAAGAUCUGAAGCGGGAAUCGAGGAGAUGUUUGCAAAAAUGUUUGGCUCUUCGACUAGUGGAAAUUGAAUCUAAGGAAAUCGAUUUUGCCUCCAUUUGGUUCCUGCAAUUGUUCAUAAACACCGAUUCCUCAUUCGACGAGUUCGGUCCUGAGCAGAUCAAAGAAAUUGGACGCAUACUCCUCGAAGUGUUGAAGAAAAAUCCUUCCGGAGAAACGGAAAUGGACCAUUUCAUUCGUUACUCGGCAUGGUUUAUUUUAGUUAAAUUUGAAAUGUUAUCCAUGAAUCCACAAAUCGAACGAGAACUUUUUCAAUUGACCGUGGAGACUAUCAGAAGAUCUCAAAGUUUUGCGGAUUACACAUUUCAUGGGGCUCUUUGUGUUUUUAAGCGAUUCAUAAGCGAGCACAAUACAGCUGUUGAGCGCACAAAUGACGAUAAUUCGUUCAAAAAUCAUCUGAUUCAAAUGGCGACAAGUUUGAAUUUUGCUGAGGUUCAAAUGAAAUAUCCAAAGAAUUUAUUCUACGAUUUUGAACUCGUUAUUCGGAGCCUUUGUGUUAUGGAAACUGAAAAAGAGUCAAAUGAGGAAUCAAUUCUAUGCCAAAGGAACGCGAUGGGAGCAGUUAUGCAAAAAGCGGCGGAUUUUAAAGAGGACCUUUUGUUGCAAGAGGAAAUGAUCAGCAAUAUUAUCGAAUUCGCGAAUCAUUUGGAUCCCAAAAUUCUGAUAGGACAUUUUAAUAAAAAUGAUUGGGCGUUCAAACAGACUUUAUAUCUUCUCAAUGUGGCAGAAGACCACUCCCAUUUCCAAGAAAUCACAUUCACCUAUCUCCUAAAAGUGAUGCAAUGCGUUCUCGAAGAGCACCUUCUACUCGGAGAAAGUCGAAUUCUUCAAACGAAACCAACAGUUGACUCGAUUUUGGAUGCCUGUGUGGAAUAUCAAAAAAGUGAGGGUGCCGAUGAUUUGGAAAUAAUCAAAUGGAUGCGAAGGCAACAGGAUAAGCCACUAGUUGCGGAAUUCGCCUAUUGGUAUAUGAUAGCCUAUGAUCAAGAGAAUGGAAGGGAGGAUGUCGGAUAG